UACAAUCUGUCAGUUCAGUCAGUAGUGUGAAUGUUGUGACUUCUUAAAAUUUUACAGAAAAAAGAAAAAAAAACAGCAAAUUCAUUUUGAAAAACAAACAUAUCCUAGUCGUUGAUUGUUCAAAGGAACAAUUGUAAAAUGACUCAAAACAGGAAACGCUGCAGAAGCUUUCAAGACGAGACUGAAUUUAUGCCCCUUUCGAAACGAAUCAACAACCUUCACAUCAACAACAUGAUGACGGAGUCGGGGUGUGCUGAAUGGAGCCAAAAUAGGAUAUCUGACUCGCCAACCGGUUCAGAACAAAGCUCAGAAUAUAACUACAGCUCUCAGUACUCUCCCGAUUUAAACGAAUCUCAGAACCCACAUUACUUUAACAUAAAUAAGUUGUUGUACGAGAUGUACUUGGAACGGAUGAAUCGAGGAUGUCAUCAGAUUUAAAGUUAAUGGUUUUUACAUAUUAUAUUAUGGACUGAAGUUUAUUUCUUUAUUAUGAACAUUUAAUAGAUUUUUAUUUGCUUGCGA